AUGAGACUCCUAACAAAUGACAACCAGAUCAUCGACCCCCAAAACGCCGUCCUCACCAACAUCGAGGUCCUAGCCUACCUAACCGCAAACCCACCGCGACGGCCCCCAAACCCACCCCCCAACUCGCGCAACUGGGUCCCCAGCCCCGACCUCCGCGACCACAAUACCGUCGUACGAGAGAUCCACAACUACGCCCAUCGUCUCUCCCCGCACAUCCUGAAAUACCCACGGUACAUCAACGGCGAACCGCCGCUGGCGAGCUCCGACGCGUCCGCGGCGCCGCUGCCGCCCGCGCAGCCUGAGGCGCCUAUGCCGCUGGACGAUGCGCUGCGCGAGCUGGUGACGCGGCUGAAGCCGUUUGGGCUGACGAAGGGCGAGGUGGUGAUGCUGGUGAAUCUGGGGGUGGGGUUGCAUGAGGGACCGCAGGGGGACGGGGAGGAAGGGGAGGAAGGGCCGGCUGAGGAGAUGGAGGUUGAUGAGGUGGUGGCGGAUGGGGAGGGUGGGGUGGAGGAAGGGAGCAUGGAGUUGUCGGAGGAGGAUUAUGGGGCGCUUGCGUUGCUAGAUACAGUGAUUGAGGAGCGCGAGGAGAGGUUGUCGAAUGAAAAUGUGGCGAGGAUAUUGGCUAUUAUCCGGGAGACGCUGGGGAAGCGGGGGACGGAGGAGAAUGCUGGGUGA